GGAUAAGCAUUAGUGUGAACGCAGCUAUAGAUUAUGUGAGACAUUGAAUACAUUGAAUACAUUGAAAGCACACAUAAUGUGAGUCAUAUGUAAAGCAUUGGACAACACAUGUCUGCAGUCAAUAGUCAAUGAUGUGAUCAACUGAUCCACUGAUGGACACAAUUAGUAAGAAGUUGUUACUCAGUGCAGGCAUUGGAUUAGGUGUUGCUCUGUCUUCGGCAACACUGUAUCUGUUGCUUAAACCAGAAGAGGAGGAACAGUAUGUCAAAGACAAAGAYAACCGAAAGGUCAGACAGAAUAACCAAACGGUUCUCACAAUUCGUGUCCCAAAACAAUGUGUCGGUGCAGUCAUCGGUAGAGGAGGUGAUCACAUCAAACAAUUACAAUUAGAUACUAAUACACGCAUACAGUUUGAUGAUAAUAAUGUCAACAAUGGAUCAGAUAAUAAAACGAAAGAUAAAGAAACGAAAAUUUUGAUUAUCAAAGGAGUGCCCGAAAAUGUUGCGAAGGCUGARGUCAUUAUUAAUGAGAUCGUUAGACAACAAUCCCUUACAAUCACCAAAAAAUUUAGUGUUGACACUUCUUCUGUCGGUGCUAUCAUUGGUCGAAAUGGAGAUAAUAUUAGAGAACUGUGUGACAGAUCGGGUGCGAAGAUAAAAGUGGACAGAAAUAACAAAAACUCGAAGACAAUUAUGACUAACGUUUCAAUCAUCGGAACAGAAGAGGAAAUCGCUGAAGCAGUUCUGUUGAUUAAUAAAGCCAUUGAAGAAAACGAAACAUUUUCUCGAAACAGAUCUCAUAAUAAUAGACACAAUAAACUGAAAAAUUACAAGAUUUUGGCCAUCGAAGAUGAACCAACUGAUAAUUCACUCAAUAUGGACAGUUAUGUCGCAAAACUUGAACCAUUACAUCAAAACCAAUUGAUUGAAGUGUUUGUAUCGGCAGUGAAAACACCCGAAGAUUUUUACAUACAAAUUGCUGGUUCUGUUGCUCAACAAUUAGAUCUCUUAAUGGAUGAGACGACUGACUUCUAUGAGGUAGAGGACAAUAGAAUUUGUUUUAAGUCGAUGUCUAUAAAAGUGGGGGAUAUAGUUGCCAUUCCCUACCAAUUUGAUGACCACUGGUAUAGGGCUAAAGUGUUGUCCAUUGAAGAGACUCCCUAUUCAUUGGAGGACUCAAAAGUUAGUGUCUUUUAUUUAGACUAUGGAGACGAAGCAGUCAUAAAAUAUGGUGAAAUUUGCGAUUUAAAGGAUCAAAUCUUAAAACGAUUGCCAUUUCAGGCCAUCCAUUGUUCACUUUUCGGAAUYAGACCAACAGAUCUUACGGGUUGGUCCGAUGAGRCCAUCAAUAAGUUUAAAGAGUUGUCUCAUAUGGCGUUAUGGAAACCACUUUACGCUAAAGUACUUCAAAACAAAUCAAUUGAUGGUACAAAUGAUAGAUAUUAUAUUGAAUUAGUUGAUAAAACUCCUAAAUAUAAAGGAGAUAAUGUCAUUGAUGGCGAUGAUUGGGAUUCAACAGUUAUGUCACUUGAUAUACGCCAAUAUCUCAUUGAUAAUAAUUUUGCCGAAGAUUUUGUAAACUCUAAUGGUAUUAAUGGAGAAAUUAAUGGAAAUAAUUAA